GCUGGGUCCUGCUUGACAGGUCCUGCUUUCUGUGUCCGCGGAGCCGGGACUGGGUUCUGAGGGAGCCGGACCGAGUCGAGCCGAGCCCAGCCCAGCGGAACCUCCGCAGCCCGCAGCCUGCGACAUGAGUGCGCGCGGCCUGGCCCUGGGCCUCCUGCUGCUGCUGUGCCCGGCGCAGGUGUUUCCGCAGUCCUGUGUCUGGUAUGGAGAGUGUGGGAUUGCUUCUGGAGACAAGAGGUACAACUGCGAGUAUUCCGGGCCCCCGAAGGCACUGCCGAAGGAUGGGUAUGACUUAGUGCAGGAACUCUGUCCGGGGCUCUUCUUCGGCAACGUCAGCCUCUGCUGUGAUGUGCAGCAGCUCCGGACCCUGAAAGACAACCUGCAGCUGCCUCUCCAGUUUCUGUCCAGAUGUCCAUCCUGUUUUUAUAACCUGAUGAACUUGUUUUGUGAGCUGACGUGUAGCCCUCGACAAAGCCAGUUUCUGAACGUUACAGAAACCGAAGAGUAUGUGGACCCUGUUACCCACGAGAAUAAAACAAACGUGAAGGAGUUACAGUACUAUGUUGGAGAGAGUUUUGCCAAUGCCAUGUACAACGCCUGCAGGGACGUGGAGGCCCCCUCGAGCAACGACAAGGCCCUGGGGCUCCUGUGUGGGAAGGAGGCCGCAGCCUGCAACGCCACCAACUGGAUCGAGUACAUGUUCAACAAGGACAACGGCCAGGCCCCCUUCACCAUCACUCCCGUCUUCUCAGACCUCCCGGCCCACGGGAUGGAGCCGAUGAACAACGCCACCAAGGGCUGUGCCGAGCCCGUGGACGAGGUCACCGGGCCCUGCAGCUGCCAGGACUGCUCGGCCGUGUGCGGCCCCCGACCCCAGCCGCCGCCCCCUCCCGUCCCCUGGAGAAUCUGGGGCCUGGACGCCAUGUACGUCGUCAUGUGGGCCACCUACAUGGCGUUUUUGCUCAUGUUUUUUGGAGCCAUUUUUGCCGUGUGGUGCUAUAGAAAACGGUACCUGGUCUCCGAGUACACCCCCAUUGAUAGCAGCAUAGCUUUCCCGAUGAGUGUCAGCGACACAGGGGAGGCCUCCUGCUGCGACCCGCUUGGCGCCGCAUUCGAGGGCUGCUUGAGGCGGCUCUUCACCCGGUGGGGCUCCUUCUGUGUCCGAAACCCCGGCUGUGUCAUUUUCUCCUCCCUGGCCUUCAUCGCCGCCUGCUCCUCGGGCCUGGUGUUCGUCCGCAUCACCACCAGCCCCGUGGACCUCUGGUCGGCCCCCAGCAGCCAGGCGCGCCUGGAGAAGGAGUACUUCGACACCCACUUCGGGCCUUUCUUCCGCACGGAGCAGCUCAUCAUCCAGGCGCCGCACACCGCCGUGCACACUUACGAGCCCUACCCCUCGGGGUCCGACGUGCCCUUCGGACCUCCGCUCGACAAAGGGAUCCUGCACCAGGUUCUUGACUUACAAACAGCCAUUGAACACAUCACUGCAUCUCACAACAACGAGACGGUGACCCUCCAGGACAUCUGCUUGGCCCCGCUCUCGCCGUAUAACAAGAACUGCACCAUCCUGAGUGUGUUAAAUUACUUCCAGAACAGCCACUCCGUGCUGGACCACGAGAUAGGGGACGACUUCUAUACCUACGCGGAUUACCACACGCACCUGCUGUACUGUGUCCGGGCUCCUGCCUCGCUGAACGACACCAGCCUGCUGCACGACCCCUGCCUGGGGACGUUUGGGGGGCCUGUGUUCCCGUGGCUGGUGCUGGGAGGCUAUGACGAUCAAAACUACAAUAACGCCACCGCCCUGGUGAUGACCUUUCCGGUCAAUAAUUACUACAACGACACGGAGAAGCUCCAGCGGGCCCAGGCCUGGGAAAGAGAGUUUAUUAACUUUGUGAAGAACUACAAGAACCCAAAUCUCACCAUUUCCUUCACUGCUGAGCGAAGUAUUGAAGAUGAACUGAACCGUGAGAGUAACAGUGACAUCUCCACCGUGGUGACCAGCUAUGCCGUCAUGUUUCUGUACAUUUCCAUCGCCUUGGGGCACAUCCAGAGCUGCAGCAGGCUUCUGGUGGAUUCCAAGGUCUCCCUCGGCAUCGCGGGCAUCUUCAUCGUGCUGAGCUCGGUGGCCUGCUCGCUGGGCAUCUUCAGCUACGUUGGGGUCCCCCUCACCCUCAUUGUGAUCGAGGUCAUCCCCUUCCUGGUGCUGGCGGUCGGGGUGGACAACAUCUUCAUUCUGGUCCAGACCUACCAGAAGCAAAGCGGUGGCGUGGUGACUGAGAAACGUUCAUGUUGCAUGCUUAUUUUUUUAAAGAGAGACGAACGCCUUGAAGGGGAGACCCUGGACCAGCAGCUGGGCAGGGUCCUGGGAGAAGUGGCCCCCAGCAUGUUCCUGUCGUCCUUUUCAGAGACGGUGGCCUUUUUCUUAGGAGCCCUGUCGGUGAUGCCCGCCGUGCACACCUUCUCGCUGUUUGCCGGGAUGGCCGUCCUCAUCGACUUCCUGCUCCAGAUCACCUGCUUCGUGAGCCUCCUGGGCUUGGACGUUAAGCGUCAGGAGAACAACCGGCUGGACAUCCUGUGCUGUGUCCGCGGCGGCGAGGAUGGCGCCGGCCUCCAGGCCUCCGAGAGCUGCUUGUUCCGCUUCUUCCGAGACUCCUACUCCCCACUGCUGCUCAAGGCCUGGAUGCGGCCGAUCGUGAUGGCCGUGUUCGUGGGCGUUCUCUCCUUCAGCAUCGCCGUCCUGAACAAGGUGGAAAUUGGAUUGGACCAGUCUCUCUCAAUGCCAGAAGACUCCUACGUGAUGGACUAUUUCAGGUCCCUCAGCCGGUUCCUGCACGCGGGCCCACCCGUCUACUUCGUGGUGGAGGAGGGGCUGGACUACACCUCCCUGCAGGGGCAGAACCUGGUGUGCGGGGGCAUGGGCUGCAACAACGACUCGCUGGUGCAGCAGCUGUUCGACGCGGCCGAGCUGGAUGCCUACACCCGGAUCGGCUUCGCCCCCUCGUCCUGGAUCGACGACUACUUCGACUGGGUCAAGCCGCAGUCCUCGUGCUGCCGGGUCCACAACGGCUCCGGGCAGUUCUGCAACGCCUCGGUGGCCGACCCUGGCUGCAUCCGCUGCAGGCCUCUGACUCCCGAGGGCAAACAGCGGCCCCAGGGGGGAGACUUCAUGCGGUUCCUGCCCAUGUUCCUCUCCGACAACCCGAACCCCAAGUGUGGCAAAGGGGGACAUGCUGCCUACGGGUCGGCCGUUAACAUCCUGGGCAAUGACACAGGUGUGGGCGCCACCUACUUCAUGACCUACCACACCGUGCUCCAGACCUCUGCUGACUUCAUCGACGCCAUGAGAAAGGCCCGGCUCAUUGCUGGUAACAUCACCCAGACCAUGAGCCAGGGAGGAAGCAACUACCGCGUGUUUCCAUACAGUGUGUUCUACGUCUUCUACGAGCAGUACCUGACCAUCAUAGAAGACACCGUCUUCAACCUCUGCGUGUCCCUGGGGGCCAUCUUCCUGGUGACCGUGGUGCUGCUGGGCUGCGAGCUGUGGUCUGCGGUGAUCAUGUGUGUCACCAUCGCCAUGAUCCUGGUCAACAUGUUUGGUGUCAUGUGGCUGUGGGGCAUCAGCCUGAACGCGGUCUCCCUGGUCAACCUGGUCAUGAGCUGCGGCAUCUCGGUGGAGUUCUGCUCCCACAUCACCAGGGCCUUCACAGUGAGCGCGAAGGGCAGCCGCGUGGCGCGUGCAGAGGAGGCGCUCUCCCACAUGGGCAGCUCCGUAUUCAGUGGAAUCACACUUACAAAAUUUGGAGGGAUUGUGGUGUUGGCCUUUGCCAAGUCUCAGAUCUUCCAGAUAUUUUACUUCAGGAUGUACCUAGCUAUGGUCUUGCUGGGAGCCGCGCACGGGCUGGUCUUCCUUCCUGUCCUCCUCAGCUACAUAGGACCAUCCGUAAAUAAAGCCAAAAGCCUGGCCACGCAACAGCGACACAGAGGCACAGAGAGAGAGCAGCUCAAUUUCUAGCCCCUCACGGGGCCUGGGGCUUGGAACUGUGUCUGCGGGUCGGUCAGUUCCCUGGUGGAAGGAGCUGCGUUGUCAGGUUAAGUUGAACACCGGACGUCACCAGACUCAGGCGAUGGAUCUGACAGCAGCCGCUCUGGCCACGCGCCUGUCCACUCAGGAAUGUGUUACUAACCCUGGAGGCAGCCCUGGACGCGUCUCCAGUUCUCCCGGCAUGAAACCCGACUCUCAGCGAGGGAAGGUUGACACUGGACGCUGUGGAGGCGCUCGGCUCCCUGGCCGUCAUGAAGGCCAAUCAGUGCAAUACUGCUCCUUUUUGAGGAGUGAGCCACCACACAAAUUCCACCGCAUUUUUAGUAACAUUUGAGGAUGUUGCAGGUACUUUAUUAUAGUAUUUUGUAGUUUAAAGAGCUUUAUUAAUGCAAUAAAUUAACUUUAUACAUUUUA